GCAGGGGUGGGGCCAGGCUCAUCACCCGCCCUCUCUCUCCGCCCGGCUCUUCCAACCCCUGGGCUGGCCGGGAUACCGCCCGGGCGAGGGCCGGAGAGCUGGGCCGAGCCUCCUAUCCCCCUCCCCCGCUCCCCCGCCGCGUCCCGCCGGCUGGACGCGCAGGAGAAGUUGAGCCGCGCCCGGGCCGGCCCUGGGGGCUGACCGCCGGCAAAGUUUGGCUCGAAGAGGAAGUGGCUUCAAGCCCCGGCAGGUGGCGGCCGGGCCUGGACAGGGGCUCUCGCGGCCUGCGGACGGGCUCUGGGCGAGGGCGCGCUCCAGCGCCGGGCCUCGAACCGAUUCCCGGGGCUUCGAAGCCGGCCUCGGGAUAGAGCGCGGCAGAGAGCGCGGCGGCGGCGGCGGCGGGGGGGGAAACAACUCCGAAGUUGGCGAGAGGCACCGCCCCUGCUCCCGGACGGCCGCCGCCUCCCCGCCCCCAGCCCUGGCAUCCAGAGCACCCGUGGGGGAGCCCGGGCCAUGCAGCCCCCUCGGGGAAGCGGCAGUGGGGAGCCUGGACGCUCCGAGCGGCGCCGCCUUCCCACUGGAUAGACGACUGAAGCUCCGGGACUCUUCCUGCACCCCCGGACGACUCAGGAUGCUGCCCACCACUCUCCUCCUCCUCCUCCUCCUCCUAGGAGGCGCUGUGGCCUAUCCAGACCGGAUCAUUUUCCCAAAUCCUGCCUGUGAAGACCCCCCGGCAGUGCUCUUGGAAGUGCAGGGUACCUUACAGAGGCCCCUGCGGGACAGCCGCAGCUCACCUGCCAACUGCACGUGGCUCAUCCUGGGCAGCAAGGAGCAGACUGUGACAGUCAGGUUCCAAAAACUGCGCCUGGCCUGUGGCUCAGAGCGCUUAAUCCUGCGCUCCCCUCUCCAGCCACAGAUCUCCCUGUGUGAGGCACCAGCCAGCCCUCUGCAGCUGCCUGGGGGCAAUGUCACCAUCACCUACAGCUAUGCUGGGGCCAGAGCACCCGUGGGCCAGGGCUUCCUGCUCUCCUACAGCCAAGAUUGGCUGAUGUGCCUGGAGGAGGAGUUCCAGUGCCUGAACCACCGCUGUGUGCCCUUGGCCCAGCGCUGCGACAGGAUCGAUGCCUGUGGUGAUGGCUCUGAUGAGGCAGGUUGCAGCUCAGACCCUUUCCCUGACCUGACCCCAGCCCCUGUCCCCACCCCACCCUGCAAUCAUACCUUGGAAGACUUUUACGGAGUCUUCUCUUCCCCUGGAUACUCACACCUGGCCUCAGGCUCCCACCCCCAGUCCUGCCUCUGGCUGUUGGACCCGCAUGAUGGCCGGCGCCUGGCAGUGCGCUUCACGGCCCUGGACCUGGGCUAUGGAGAUGCAGUACAUGUGUAUGAUGGCCCUGGGCCUCCCAAGACCCCUCGGCUACUGCGCAGCCUCACCCACUUCAGCAAUGGCAAGUCUGUCACCGUGGAGACGCUGUCUGGCCAGGCCAUCGUGGCCUACCACACAGUUGCUUGGAGCCAUGGUCGGGGCUUCAACGCCACCUACCAUGUGCGAGGCUACUGCUUGCCUUGGGAUCGGCCCUGCGGCUUAGGCACUGGCCUGGGGGCUAGUGAGGGCCUCGGUGAGCGUUGCUACAGUGAGGCCCAGCGCUGCGAUGGCUCAUGGGACUGUGCCGACGGCACGGAUGAGGAAAACUGCCCCGGCUGCCCACCUGGACACUUCCCCUGUGGGCCUGCUGGCACAACCAGCACCACAGCCUGCUACCUGCCCGCUGACCGCUGCAACUACCAGACUUUCUGUGCUGAUGGAGCAGACGAGAGACGCUGCCGGCACUGCCAGCCUGGCAACUUCCGCUGCCGGGACGAGAAGUGCGUGUAUGAGACAUGGGUGUGCGAUGGGCAGCCAGACUGUGCCGACGGCAGCGAUGAGUGGGACUGUUCCUAUGCCCUGCCCCGCAAGGUCAUUACAGCUGCGGUCAUUGGCAGCCUGGUGUGCGGCUUGCUACUGGUCAUUGCCCUGGGCUGCACCUGCAAGCUCUAUGCCAUUCGCACCCAGGAGUACAGCAUCUUCGCGCCCCUGUCCCGGAUGGAGGCUGAGAUUGUGCAGCAGCAGGCCCCACCCUCCUAUGGGCAGCUCAUUGCCCAGGGUGCCAUCCCACCAGUAGAGGACUUCCCUACGGAGAACCCUAAUGAUAACUCAGUGCUGGGCAACCUGCGUUCUCUGCUACAGAUCUUGCGCCAGGAUAUGACUCCAGGGGGUGCCUCAGGUGCCCGCCGCCGCCAGAGGGGCCGCUCUAUGCGCCGCCUGGUGCGCCGUCUACGCCGCUGGGGCCUGCUUCCUCGAACCAACCCCCCAGCCCGGAACCCAGAGACCAGAUCCCAGGUCACACCCUCUGCUGCUCCCCUUGAGUCCCUAGAUGGCAACACAGGUCCGGCCCGUGAGGGCGGGGCGGAAGGUGGGCAGGAUGGGGAACAGGCACCCCCACUGCCUGUCAAGGCUCCCCUCCCAUCUACCAGCACAUCUCCAGCCCUCCCUACCAUCUCUGAGGCCCCAGGGCCACCGCCCUCCAUGUCCCCAGAGUCAUCACUGCUGUCUGGAGUGGUGCAGGCCCUGCGAGGCCGCCUUCUGCCCAGCCUUCGGCCCCCAGGACCAACCCGGACCCCACCUGAACCCCACACAACAGUCCUGUCCCCAGAGGAUGAGGACGAUGUGCUUCUGGUGCCACUGGCUGAGCCAGGGGUCUGGGUAGUCGAAGCAGAGGAUGAGCCACUGCUUGCCUGAGGUGACCUAGCUCCCUUGGGGGCUUUGGUUGCAGUGACAACCCUUUAGAGGGCAACUCAGCUUCCCUUUCGCUACUUCCCUCCCUGACCCUCUGUCUGAGGGGACUUGGCAGGCCUCCUGUGACCCUGUGUAGCUGCUGUAAAAUUAGGUAUCCCUCAGGAAGGGAGAGGGCUCACACAGAGCUCCCUCCGCACAUGCCCAGAGACCACCGUUUCUCUACCACCACUGUCUUCCCACACCACCACUCAGGUGGCUGUUUUUAAAAAGUAAAUUUCUUAAAGGGUCACAGGCCCGGACACUCCAUCCUUACCAAACCCCUACCCCAAAGUGGCCUUUCAGCACCAGAAUGUCAAUUGGCUGGAGAUCUCCAGCACCCAAGGGAAGGAUAUGGGCAGGGCCUGAGGUUUUGCCGACUGUGAUCCUUCCUGCAGGGCCUGGCUCAUAAAAAGAGCACAAAAACUGCUUUUGUCCUAUAGCUAGGUCAUUGCCCAGCAAGUCAAGGUUGAAAAUAAAAGAACCAGAAAUUUAA